GCCAACAUGGUCAUGGUUCAGACGAUGACCAAAAUUCCAGUAAUUACAGAAGUGGGACCCGCUCACAACGACCAGAUCUGCAGUACAUGGGGAAACUAUCACUUUAAGACUUUCGAUGGAGAUUUUUUCCAGCUGCCCUUCACUUGCAACUACAUCUUUGUAACUGAGUGUGGGGAAAGCUAUGAUAAUUUCAACAUUCAGUUUCAGCGGCAGGAGAUGGAUGGGCUUGUCACCAUUAAGACGAUCACCAUGACACUGGAGGGGGCUGUUGUGGAAUUAACCAAAACUUCCAUCAAAUUCAAUGAUGAAGUUGUCACUAUACCAUUCAGUAAGGCUAGUGUUUCAAUUGAAAGGACCGUCUCCUAUGUCAAAAUCGAGGCAAAGCUGGGUUUGGUUGUUAUGUGGAAUGAAAAUGACGCUCUCUGG